CUAUUUUUGUUAAAUAUAGUUCUAUUUUUUCUGAGAACAGAAAUAUUUUCUAAUAACCUAACCAAAUACGUGUUUUACCCUAUAUGCUAAUACUUCACACUAAAAUAAUUUGACUGCGAUUUGAAACUUGAAAAAUUUCAUUGAACAGUAGACAAACAGCUCGGUCAUCAUGGCGUACGUGUUAAAGAGAUUAUACGAGGGCUAUUUAAAACUAGAAGAAUUAAAAGAUCCUAGGACUGACAAAGAACUAUUCACGAAAUCACCGUUAUGUUUGAUUGGAGUUAUUGGGUUGUACAUUUACUUUUUCAAAAGUCUAGGACCCAAAUUAAUGCUAAGCAGAGAACCUUAUAAUGUUAAAACCGCUAUGAUUAUUUAUAAUAUAAUACAAAUAAUAAUGAAUUUUAUUUUAACAAUAUGUAGUAGUAUUGUUUUAAGUGAAACGGGAUUUGCCAUAUGUUCAGAAGUGGAUUACAAUUUACCUAGAGAUUCUCUAUUAGUACAAGCUGCAAUAGUUUAUAUGUAUUUAAAAAUAUUUGACGCCGGAGAUACGUUGUUUUUUCUUCUAAGGAAAAGCUAUCGCCAAAUUAGCUUCUUACAUCUUUAUCAUCACUCAGCGAUGAUGUUUGGAGUUUGGAUCGGAGUGAGAUACAAUUGUGGAGGAAGUACAGCUUGGAUUGUUCUUCUUAAUACAAUUAUACAUUGCGUUAUGUUUUCCUAUUACCUUGUAGCGGCUAUAUAUCCCAACUGGAAAUAUAAAUCAACCUUUAAAAAGACUUUAACACAACUGCAACUUGUCCAGUUUCUGACAUUUAUCAUUAUCUUUGGAAAAAUUUUAUUAUGGCCAACUUGUAAUUAUCCAAGAUAUAUUGGGUUUUUAACGGUAACGCAAAAUAUUUUUCUGUUGUUUUUAUUUUCAGAUUUCUAUUAUAAGGCAUAUGUUAAAAAAUCUAAGACUAAGAGAACUACGAGCAUACCUAAUAGCAUAUUCCAUAGGAACGAAUGUCUUCACCAACCAGUUGAUAUUCCAUAUAAGUUUAAUCAAACAAGGUUCAGUGCGGUUUUAGCUGUGGUCACAUCGACCCGGUCUAAGUGCGCAUUCGUUACAGUGAAGUGUGGAGUUUUCUUCAAAACCGAAAAUAAGAAUACUUUUCGUAGAACUACCAAAUACUUUGAAAUGACGUCGUUAAUGCAUCUAGUUGUUGAAAAUUACAGUGAGUUUGCAGAAUCAAGAGAUCCUACAGUAGAUUCAUGGCUGUUUAUGAAAUCUCCAGUACCUGUAAUUGCGAUUCUUUUAACUUAUCUCAUUUUCGUAUUGAAAAUUGGACCAAAAUGGAUGGAGAAGAAAAAGCCUUAUGAUUUAAAAUUAGUAAUGAUUUUGUACAAUGCUUAUCAAGUACUUUUCAGUAUAUGGCUGUGUUCAACUGCAGUGUAUGUGAAAGAACCAGUUAAAUUGUUGAGUCGGAGUUGUAAUAAUCCUUCUAAUAAUAAAGAACUUCAAGAAAUUGUAUACAAUUCAUCUUGGUGGUAUUUCUUUUCUAAAAUUGUCGAGCUUUUGGACACUGUGUUUUUCGUUUUAAGAAAAAAACAGUCGCAAGUAACCUUCUUACAUGUAUAUCAUCAUGCCAUAACCAUGUUCUUCUCCUGGGGUUAUUUGAAGUUUUUACCAGGUGAACAAGGACUAGUUAUAGGAUUUCUGAAUUCGCUCGUCCACGUAGUGAUGUAUUUCUACUAUUUCAUAGCUGCGCUGGGACCAAAAUAUCAAAAAUACCUAUGGUGGAAAAAAUACAUGACCUGGAUUCAAUUGACGCAAUUCUGCAUAAUGUUGGCAUAUUUGGUAUUCAUCAUUGCCAUCGAUUGUAAACUACCGAAAGCUCUGACGUUCUUCUUCGUAGGCAAUGUGAUAAUUUUCCUAUACCUCUUCAGUGACUUCUACAGAAAAGCUUACACAAAAGCCCAUUCACAACGAUCAACAACAAAACCCAUCGAAGUCGGUCCCGCUUCAGUCAUUGAACCAAUGAUACAGAAAGUGAAAGCUCAAUAAUACUAGUUUUACAUUCUAUUUAUUUGUUAUAUGUUUACAAAUUUUAUGAAAUAUUCUCUUUGACACGGAAGUCUAAGGUAUGAGGUUUAGGAUUAGUUUUAUAAUAUACUGGAAAUUAAUACGUGGGGCAAUACUAAAAUUCGUAUAUCAUAUAUAUUAUUUACAAUACCUUCGAUUCCCCUGGUCAAAUGGAAUAAACUGUAUUAACAAAGCUGUACAUAGUUGAUUCUGAUGUUACCAAAUAUUGUUUUGAAAUAGAAAAUUGUUUAAUAUAUUUAUAAAAGUUUUAUUAAUUAUGUUUCUAAUUAUCUCUACAUUAUGAAAAGUUAUUUUUAAUAGAACUUUCAUAUCAUGUUUGGUUCAAAUAUUUAUACAGUGAACAAUUUGAUCAAUAAAAUUCUUUCUCAGAUAUAACAUUAAUGUUUAUCCAACAAAGAUCAAAAGAACUUUUCUCCUUUUUGUUGUUGUCAAAGCUUCUCUUUUCUUAAGUUUUCUUAACCUCAGACUAUCAAAUUUUAUUUACCUCGUAUGAACUUUUUCUUGUAAGCUAUUUCAUUCUAAACCUAAAUAAAGGGCUUCGAACUUUGUAGAACCAUUAUUAACCUUGUUCCAAAUCAUUCUAUUUUUUCUGUAUUGAUAAAUAUCUUUCCAUAGUGAGAAAUUUACGUAUAUUUUUCAUUGUUCAUAAUUUCAAAAAGGUUUGGAGGGAUAUUUUCUAUUAAUUAAUAGAUCUAUACAAUAAACGUUACAUGAGUCUCAUUUGUAGUGUCAUAGUAUGACUGUUGUUAAUUUUCAAUUAUUUAUACUACAGAAUGACGAAGCUGUGCUGAAAGUGACAAUAUGUAGUUUAAAUAUAUUUUUGAAAAAAUGUUUACGUGUAAAACUAGAAAUAAAUAUAAAACAUU